UGAAUUUGGCUUGGAAUUUAACUGAAAAGGAGCGCUUAACCCUGUACUAUGAUUCUGCGGAGGAAUUGGGGCGGCUGGCGGGAUUUCAGUGUUGUUUUUUUUCGCUUCGAGCGGGAGUCAGUCCAGAAUCGAGUGUGUAGCCUUUACUCUUUCUUAGUUGAGGAAAACCAAGAAGCGAUAACUCGCUUAAAAGUCUUCGGACCGAGCUGAGAAGCGAGAUGACAAUAGAAAAGACAACAAGGCAUUGAGGUAAGUCAUUUUUAUUGCAAAAAUAUCAAAAUUUCAGCUAUAAUGUCGAUUACCGUUUUUCCCCAUACAAACCUUUAUAAAUUCAAACCGUUGUAACACAACACCACCAUAUGCUGCAAGGCGAAGGUCACGUUUCGCGUAACCAAACUCGGUGGUUAUGUAAUAGUAGAUGUCGGCGGUAAAUAUGUCACGUUUCACGCGCUGAACGUUCGCACUCCUCGCAUCGUGAGCUUGGGCCGCCUGUGGUUAAAUGCUGAUGCGUAGACAAUGUCAACGAAUUACAUUUUCAAUUUGCUGUUUUCACGAUUUUAAAAAGAGCUUACUUUGAUAACAGAUGAAAAUAAAUUGAAAGGUUAAGUUUCAUUACAAUCCAAAUUUUGAUAGUCCGUUUCUUUUUGUCAUAUUCAGCUUGGUGUGCGGUAAAACAAAUUCAAACCCUGCUUGAAGCGAUGAAAAUAGGUCAGCCUGAUCAAAACCUACGCAGAUUUUAUGCAGAAGCGAGAAUGAAAAAGGGCGAAGAUUACAGUAGAUCUACCUUGCUGGGAUUUCGUCAUUCGAUAGAAAGACACCUCAAUGCCCCGCCAUUUAGCAGAGGCCUACAAAUUUCAACUGACCCAAGAUUUGCAAGAUCAAAGCUCAUGCUAGAUGCGCAAAUAAAAAGUCUAAAACGAAGCGGCAAAGAAAAUCUCUCGCACAAACCUGCUAUCAAGGAAGGAGACCUCCAGAAGCUGAAGUCAAGGGAAGUGUUGUCCUUGUCGUCACCGCUUUCCUUGCUGAGAAAAGUUUGGUUUCAUUUCGUCCUGUUUUUCUGCAGAAGGGGCCUUGAAGGGCAAAGAAGCUUGACAAAGAACAGCUUCAAGUUUGAAACCGAUGCGGCUGGAAGAAAUUACGCAACCACAAGUCACGAUGAAUUAUCAAAGAAUCAUCCCGGAGAACUAAAGGACGUUGAAAGCACAGAAAAAGAAGCCAGAAUGUAUGAGACCGAAGACCAAGGUGACUGCUACAAGGCCCUCAAAUUGUAUCUCCAGAAGGUAAAUUCAAAGUGUACUGCGUUUUUCCAGCAUCCGAAGAAAAAUAACAGGGCUCUAGAUGCCGUUUCGUACGAAGCACGACCGCUAGGAAUAAACAGCCUCGCUAAAAUGAUGAAGACCAUCAGCGAAGAAGUAGGUUUAUCCAAAAUCUACACAAAAUAUUGUGUAAGAGCCACUGCCAUCACUCUCUGGUCCAACGCUGGGAUUUCAAACCGCCACAUCAUGGCCAGUUCUGGACACCGCAGUGAGCAGUCUCUGAUAAGCUAAAAUUCGCGGCCUUCGACCUCACAGCUCCAUAACUGCAGCCAAGUCUUGUCGAGAGCCUUUCCUCCUUCUGGCAACAAUCACAGCCAGCCAUCAGAAACUUCUCACCAAUCCACGUCGUUCCAGACCAAACAAGUGGCAACGAAAUCGCUCUUCGGCGAAUGCACUAUUAAAAACGUGCAAAUUGUUUUCAACAGUUCAUCCUCUGAAUCGAUCAGAAAUUCAGUCCAUUUUUAAAUGAUUUUGGACGGCUGUCUACUUUCUUCAGUUUGUUCAUAAUUCUGCUGAACUAUUUCACCGGUUGUUGGAUACAGACCUUAGAAAGAGGAUUUUAAUCGAUAUUUUAAGAAACGUGAUUAAACUUUAUCGAGUUGCUGGUGUGCAGUCGGUUGUCAUGAAUGAAUUUUCGCGCGCUCCAUAACUCAAUAGUGCAAGCUACGGCGUUUACCAUUUGUUAAUUCAUUUGUGCCUGUCCAUACAUGGCGAAUGGUAAAGAGAGAGAGAAAAAAAGAUUCAUUACCUUUGGGUGUGAGUUGUUCAAGUAUCAGCAGUAGUAUUCAAUUAAAAAUUUGUCAUAAAAACCUGAUCACAAUUCAGAUCUGCAUACUGAAAGGAAAACCCAGUGCAAAUCUAUAAUGUAUAUAGCCUCCACAUUGGAGAUCCGGGAAAGAUAACACAAGAAUUGUGAAAAAAAAAAAAAA